CUCAAGAAACACAAUUUCCUGGAAACUCACCCAGAACCUCUACCCUCUGACACCAUGGUCAGCUCCUGUUGUGGCUCCGUCUGCUCUGACCAGAGCUGUGGCCGAAGUCUCUGCCAGGAGACCUGCUGCCGCCCCAGCUGCUGCCAGACCACCUGCUGCAGGACCACCUGCUGCCGCCCCAGCUGUGGUGUGUCCAGCUGCUGCCGCCCAGUCUGCUGCCAGCCCACCUGCCCUCGCCCCACCUGCUGCAUCUCCAGCUGCUGCAGGCCCCAGUGCUGCCAGCCUGUGUGCUGCCAGCCCACCUGCCCUCGUCCCACCUGCUACAUCUCUAGCUGCUGCCGCCCCUCCUGCUGUGGGUCCAGCUGUGGUUCCAGCUGCUGCAGGCCUACUUGCUGCAUCUCCAGCUGCUGCAGGCCCCAGUGCUACCAGCCUGUGUGCUGCCAGCCCACCUGCCCUCGUCCCACCUGCUGCAUCUCUAGCUGCUGCCGCCCCUCCUGCUGUGGGUCCAGCUGUGGUUCCAGCUGCUGCAGGCCUACUUGCUGCAUCUCCAGCUGCUGCAGGCCCCGCUGUUGCCAGCCUGUGUGCUGCCAGCCCACCUGCCCUCAUCCCACCUGCUACAUCUCUAGCUGCUGCCGCCCCUCCUGCUGUGGGUCCAGCUGUGGUUCCAGCUGCUGCAGGCCUACCUGCUGCAUCUCCAGCUGCUGCAGGCCCCGCUGUUGCCAGUCUGUGUGCUGCCAGCCCACCUGCUCCCGCAUCUCCAGCUGCUGCCGCCCGAGCUGCUGCCUGCGCCCAGUGUGCGGCCGGGUCUCCUGCCACACCACUUGCUAUCAGCCCACCUGUGUCAUCUCCACCUGCCCCCGCCCCGUGUGCUGUCCCUCCUCUUGCUGCUGAAUCUCUGCUUUGAACACACUGCUUCCUCAUUUCCUCCCUCCCCACAGUUGCAGAGCUUCUUUUUAAAAUGGGGAGGGUUCAAGAGGACUGGUCCCUUGAAUUUCAUAAGCAAACACCAGACAUCGGAGCCCACGUUCUAACUUCUGUCCAAACUCCUCCCCUUCUAAAUGAGAUCACUCAGAAUCUCCCAGGAAAUUACAUUCUCCCAAUAUGCCUCCCUAUUUCUUAGGACAUCUGUUUUUCAUGCUUAAGAGAUUUGUCUCCAUCACUUGUGGGGCCACAGAUUUUUAUCUCUCUGAUAUGGAAAUCCAAUGAAGAUUUUUUGUUGUACUCUUUGGUAAAGAUUUUCUAUGUCUUGUUAUUUCCAUGAACCUAAAUAAACGUCCUCCUAGUGACACUGAAAAUUGAA